GACCGCUUUGCGUAUAAAAAGGUGUUACACACGAGAUGUUUAGAAUCAGAUUGUGCACGAGGUGAUAAUUAUUAAUACUAGCAAUUUGAGAAGUUUGUCGUUGAUUGCUACUUUCUUGUGUUCAGUUUAUUUUUAUUUACUGAGACGAGAGGGAAAACUGAAGCAGAUGACGUCGGCAGCAAAUCCUCUCGGUGUGCUGGACUUUGUGGUUAUAAGUGUCAUGCUAGUAAUAGCGGCCGCCACUGGAAUCUACCAUGGGUUUGUUAGGGGUGGCCAACAAACCACGUCUCAGUUCCUUGUGGCAGAUCGGAGCAUGUUUAGCUUACCAAUCGCAAUGACAUUACUGGCUUCAUUCAUCUCACCGGUCACGCUGCUCGGAACGCCUGCAGAAAUUUAUGUUAAUGGCGGUCAAUACAUGAUGUUCGUUUGUUGCCAUCUUCUUCUUUAUCCAUCCAUUGCAUUCAUCUUCAUUCCUGUUUUCCACGGUCUUUCCAUAACUAGCGCUUAUCAGUAUCUUUAUCACCGUUUUGGAACUCCUUUAGAGAUGCUGGGUGCUGGCAUCUUCAUGUUCCAAACAUCUUUCUACAUAGCAAUUGUUCUUUUCACACCCGCAUUGGCAGUGGAGGCAGUCACUAAUUUUGCGUUUUGGAAAACAAUUCUGAUUGGAGGUGUUGUUUGUACAUUUUAUACAUCUUUGGGUGGGAUGAAAGCCGUGAUCUGGACUGACGUAUUCAUGUUCAUUGUAAUAUUUGCUACCACCAUGCUUGUUGUGACUUUUGGUACGAUUGAAGCUGGUGGUAUUGACCACAUUAUUGAAUCAAACCUUCAAGCUGACAGAUUGGAUAUGUUGCAAUUUCCAGGAGACCUGACAGCAAGAAUGUCUUUCCUGUCGCUGACGAUUGGCGGUUGGAUGAAUGCCAUGCCACUGUGGGCUAUAAGCCAGACAGCAGUGCAGAGAUUUCUCACAGCAAGAACAGUCAAGGAUGCCCAAGUAUCAGUUUUGUUGAAUAUCCCGAUGGUUACAAUAAUCAUUUUGUUUGUUGGUUACCAAGGACUUGUGCUGUUUACAUUUUAUGAUGAUAUGGCCUUUGAAAACACAACAGAUAUGAUAAAUACCACAGUGAGCAGUAUGACAGGAGGUCCUAAUAUAACUAAGUCAGAUCAGAUAAUGGUGUAUUUCAUAAGUGAGCAGUUUGGUCAUAUUCCCGGCUUCCAAGGACUUUUCAUCGCCUGUUUGUGGGCUGGAACACUGAGUACUGUUUCUUCCGGCCUGAAUGCAAUGAUCGCUGUUACGCUAGAAGAUGUUAUCAAACCAAUUAGGAGGAAUUGUUUACCACAUCUUGAAGUUAGUGAUGCAACAGACACAAAGAUAUCGAAGAUCUUAACAAUAUUGUUUGGUGCUAUGACAAUAGGCUUAGGAUUUUUGGCCACCAAGAUGGGAUCAUUGGUCAACAUGGCUAACUCUAUAUUUGGUGCAGCAGGAGGCCCUCUGUUGGCAGCUUUCACCCUGGGAAUGUUUUGGAAACGUGCAAAUUCAAGAGGUACUCUGAUUGGAGUCCUUAUCAGUUUUUUCCUUGGUGUUACUGUGAGUGUCGGGGCUGCAGUGACCAAAACCGACCCCGAUGCUCCCUCCAUAUUCAAGCUGUCCUUCAUGUGGUAUGCGACAUUCACAUGGUUGGUGGCAGUGUUCAUAGCUGUGCCAGCGAGUGAGUUAAUCCGCCUACUUGAUCCGACUGAGCAGACUAAAGUUGUUGAUUAUUCAUUACUAAUCCCUUUCUUAAGACCGAAGCUAGUUAAGACAACUGAAGAUAAUGGAGUGCGUAUGGAAUUCAAAAAACUGGAUCAAAAAAUUGCUGAUAUAUGAUAAAAAAGCAGUAGUAAGAAAGCUAUAGCAAUAGAAUACAGCGUAACCCAAUGCAAGUACAAAGAAAUGUUUGUGUAUAUAUAGGAGUAAUUAAAAAACUUUAGUAUAGUACAAAAAUUUAUGACUACAAAUGUAAAAUGAUAAUAUUAGUGGCUAUUUGUAUAGCUUGAGUAUCCAUAAGGCUGAUUGCUCAGUGCAUGAUCUAUUAGCUAAUUCCAUAACAUUCUUCAUCCUUUAGGACAAAGAAUGUUGUUUGUCUGUGCCAGAAACGUUUGUGUAUCCACCACAUAUGUACCCCUAAUGUACUUGAACAAUAUACACAUACCGGGUUCCUUAUAGUGCACGCAAGCCUAUUGUGUACACGGGUCCUUGGCUUUUGUAGUUCUUUUCCGAGAAAAACUCGUUCCACCACAGAACAAUAGAGUGGCAAACUCAUAUACAAAGCUUUUAUUAGAAACCUUAAAUGGAGAUUUCCAAUUAAUAAUGGGCAUUAUUAAGCCAGAAUAUAAGAACCAUCACAAAAUAUUGUUGAAAUAAAUAGGCAGAAUAAAUUGUGCUACAUAAAUUGUAGAUAAUAUUCAUCCAGAUUUAUAAUCAAAUUUGGAUUUAAAAAACCAGAAUACUUUGUACAGUACUAAAUUUCUCUCUUAAAGUAUCAGGAGUAAGAGUGAAGUGUAUUCCAAUAAAUUCGAAUUAAUUGCAAGUUAGGUAGAUAAGUUAUAAUUAUGUAUUAGAAGGUAUAUAUACACACAGUGAGAACAAGGUGUCCCGAAAGUCAAGUUUUUAUUACAAGUUACGAAAGUAUGGUUUUAACAGUUUGGAAAACUUCUGUUUUUAUAAUUUGGCAACACAGAUAGCUGCAAUGGAAAGUUUGAUACCAAAAUAAUUCUACAAGUUUUAUCUAUCUAAGUGUGUUCUUAGUUUCAGAUUGGAAAGGAGUUUACCAAAGAUAUGAGUUUAUCCAACUCAGAAAAAAUAUAACAAAUUUGGUGCUAAACUAUCCCCUCGGUUUUCAUUAAUAACCAUCAAAACAAUGAUGAAAAUCAUAAUUUCUAGGUCAGAAUGCCUCACCUUAAGGAGCAUCAUCGCCCGAUCCACACAAAAGCUUUGGGCCUCUCCAGCGUGCCUAGGCACCUCUUGGUCUUCUGGCUGUCAUAGAAAACCCAUCUCUAGUAAUGGACCCUUCCGUAGUGUCAAUCAAAUGACUUUACGUUUUGUGGGACUUUAGCAACAAUAUCAAAGAGGCUGGGCUUAGCGGAUUGGUCCAUUCUGGUUAUAGGUAUAGUAUGUACAGUACACAGAUAUUCCAGUACAACUGGAAUUGUCCAUAUUUAGACUAAAGUACAGUUACCUUAUAAAUAUCUUGAUUACAUUUAACAAUAAGGCAAUUUGAAAUCUGUUGUAACAGAAUUAAUUUGUUUAUUUAUAAUUAAGUUUAGUUAUUUUUUUAAAUUUUGUAUAUAUUGAGUUUUGCCGUCAACAAAAACGAUAUUCAAUGAAAAAUAUGAACUAUAACAUAAUUUAUAUAUUCAAUUAUUUUUACUUUGUUUUAUAAUUAAUUUUUAUUUUGAUGUCUGUUUGCAUCAGUAGGUAAUGUUUAAUAUAGUUAAGUGAUAUUUUUCCCUGCCUGACAUUUUAUCAUAUUGAAUACUAUGUAUGUUCCCAAAUACUUGCGAAAAAAGAAAUUGCAAUUGAUUCAGUUUGUUUGCGUGUGCACAAAAACAAUAUUCAGUGAAAAAUAUGAGCUAUGACAUAAUUUAUAUUAUAUUUUUAAUUAUAUUUCCUAUCAGUUAUUAAUUUUUAGUUAUUAAAUUGCUUAUAUACUGCUACUGUGGUAGAAUUAUUUGGAAAAAAUGGGAAAAACACAACGUUUGCACUGAUUUUUAAUUCUUUAAUUGAAACAUUUAGUUAACUUUGUGGGAUGCCAAAUGUAGAUUUUGAAUUCUUUAUAUAGUGGUAGAUACAUUUUUGUGUAUAAAAACUAAAUCUAAAAACUGAAAUUUGUUCUUAUAAUCAUAUGUUUAUAAAUCUGUAGUCUGAACUAUACAGUUUUGUGCUAUUUACAUAUUUUUUAUAUUAUUAUUUAUAUAUUUAUUUCUUUCAUAAGUGUUUAAACAUACUGUACACAUUAUUAUUCAUGCUACAUUGUUUAAGUUAAAUGGGGAACAUCCAUGCAAAAAGCUCAUAAGAGAAACCCAUUAUUUUUUUCAUUUACAUACAGUGUUUUGAUAUUUUGUACAUUUUUGAAACCAAAUGCAAUUAUUGAAGCUAGUUUUGAAAUUUAUAUUAUUUACAUCUCUCUGAAAUUUAUCAAUUUAUAUUUCAUGUUACAUAUUAUGUACCUACUCAUUAUUCUGAAAGUUCAUUUGGGUGUUCAUCUUGUCUUUUUAAGAACCUUGAGUAUCUGCUAGGAUUGAAUAUUAGAAAAAUUCCCUUGAUUAAAACUGAUAUUUAUGUGUCAUUCAACCAUGGGAAUUUCUGUGUAUAUGGUUCUAUUUUUUCAGUCUGUUUUCUCCCCAUGAAGUACAGGUUAUUGGGCACUUUCUCUCUAGACGGGGGUUGGGGGGGGGGGGGAAGAGUGGUCCUGUGUACCUAUUGGCUCAUGUGCAUACAACCUUCAGAAGAGAGCAGGCAUUGUCUCCCAUUGUACCACUAGAGGUGUGGCUGCAAAAGUCCCCAGGAGCCCAGCCCGGAUUUCUUAGUUAUUGAGCUAGGCUUAAUCUCAAUGUGUAACUAUUCUUCGUGCGAUUGAGAGUUUAUUUAUCGUGUAUUUGUACAGCAACCCCAAAAUUUUCUCCUCAUAAGCAUAAAUUCAAGACGAAAUACAGUACUGUCUCUUUGUUAGUUAUUAAUGUUCACCCCUUUCAAUGAGUUCUUUAUUCUGCUGGGCAGUGGUCACCCUAAUCCAAUGGAACUGAUUUAACAACACUUAAAUCUGAUCGCCGGUAUUGUCAGCAGCAAGCAAUUUUUGAACAAUGUUUUUUGUUGUUGCUUAUAACAAUACGUUUACCGCAUUUAAGAUUGUAAUACCUCCAAUAAGCUUGUAGAUUUAGAUAUUUAAAUCGUCACCACCGUAAUAGAUGCCUGUUUAAUCGUUACUAUGGUAUUUAUUAUGAUAGUAGAAAAUGUCUGAACGUGGAAAUCCCUUGAAUUUAUCUCCAUUGAUAAUUUAUAGGAGCCUUGUACCCUAAAAGGUUGUUUAAAUUGUGCUACUGUUAAUAUUCUAUAUCCCUCCAGACUUAACCAAAAAAUAUUGUAUUAUAAAUAGAUUAUUCUACUAGGUAUGUCCAGUGUAUGCAUACCAUACGUUAUAAAUAUUAUAGUGAUUUACCCUUUCGUAUAAGAAACCGUUGUAGUCUGAAAUAUAUAAAUAAUACUUAUUAACAAAACCCUGCAGUUGUUAAAUUCAACCUUGAACAACUGACCAAUCAGAACAAGUCCAGAAAUACACGCACAUCACACUGUGGGGGCUUUGCAACAAUAUCCAAGGGGCGGGGUAAUUUAUUUGUUCGUCUUCCUUAUUUAUUUUUUUGAUUUUGUAUAUUUAUUUAUAUCCACUUUUGUAAGCCAGUCACCAUUGCUCUUUUUAUGAUUUAUGUAUUUUUCAUUUUCUAAAAUGUUCUUGGAACCACUAUGUCAUAUAAAAUUGAUAAAUGCAU